CCUGCAGCAAUAGCCGCUCCUACUCCUGUAUCUUCAUUAGUUCAUUCUUCUACCUUAGUAACGGCUGGGGUUUAUUUAUUAAUUCGAUUUGAAAAUUUAUUUAAUAGAGAGAAUUUUAUUAUUAUAUUUUUAUUAUUAUCUAGAUUAACUAUAUUUAUAUCUGGAUUAAACGCAAAUUUUGAAUUUGAUUUAAAAAAAAUUAUUGCUUUAUCAACUUCAAGUCAAUUAGGUUUAAUAAUAAGAAUUUUAUUUUUAGGAUUUAAGUUUUUAGCUUUUUUCCAUCUUUUAAUACAUGCAUUUUUUAAAGCAGUAUUAUUUAUAUGUUCAGGAGUUUUUAUUCAUGGAUUGAAUAAUUUUCAAGAUAUCCGUUUAUUAGGUUCAAUAUUUAAUCAAAUACCCUUUACUUCUAUUUGUUUUCAUUUUUCUAAUUUAUCUUUAUGUGGAUUUCCUUUUUUAGCUGGAUUUUAUUCUAAGGAUAUAAUUUUAGAAAUAGUUUUAAUAUUAAAUUAUAACAUAUUUAUUAUAUUUAUUUCUUUUAUUUCAACUUUUUUAACUGUUUCUUAUACUUUUCGUUUGAUUUAUUUUUCUAUAUUAGGUUGAUAUAAUAUAAUUAGAUUAAAUUAUUUAAAUGAUUAUGAUGUUUAUAUAAAUAAUUCAAUAUAUUUUAUGAUAUUGAUAGUAAUUUUAGGGGGUUCUAUAUUUAGUUGAUUAAUUUUUCCUUAUAGAUAUGUCAUUAUUUUGCCUUUUUAUAUAAAAAUUUUACCAAUUUUAAUUAUUUUUUUAGGUAUAUUAUUUGGAUUUUUUGUUUAUUAUUUAAAUGUUAAAAUGUUUAAGUUAAAGUUUUAUUUUUUAAAGUUAUUUUUUAGAAUAAUAUGGUUUUUACCUGUUAUUUCUACUUAUGGUUUAAUUAAAAAUAUUAUAUUUAUAAACAAAGAAUUAACAUUAAAUUUUAAUUAAAAUUGAUUAGAAUUUUAUGAAAGAAGAAUAAUUAUAAUUUUUAUAAAUAAUUUUUAUAUAUUUAUAGAUUUAUUAA